AAGCAAGCGAGGCAAUACAUUGUACUAAUUGUUUUGGACAAUAUUGUUUUCUGUAUAUUUUUUGUGAUCAAAUGUGCUACUGUGAUUCCAUUAAACAGGGGACAUGAAAACACAGUAAAGAUGAACCUUUUGCACAAUUUCAAUACCAUUUGAUUAAAAACACCAUAAAUGGAUUAAAGAAGACACUUUACCAUCCACAGAAACCAUGGAUUUGGUAGACACGCAAACAUUUGGCUUUAUUAUUGCUUUUCUCGUCGCUUUUGCCGGAUUUGUUAUAGCAUGCGCGAAAUGUUUUCCAAACGAGAAUAUAAGGCGAUCGACUCAAAAGACGAAAGUACCUGUCAGACUUAAGGAUCAUGACCAAUCGUCGCUACGUAACAGGCGGCCAACUAUACCAAGGACAACCACACCAAUAAUGUCUUCGGUUGGUACACUACCACCUAGGCCACAUUCAUCUACGCCAGGAGCGCCUAUACCCCCGACUGAGCCCCCUUCACCCACGCCAAGGGCACCUCCGAUUCCUCCUACGUCACAUACACCUACAGCAAUAUUUCCUUCACCCAUGACAAUAGCACCAACACACCCGAUAAGGGGACCUACACCAAUGCAAAAGGUUCCUACACCCACGACUAUGCCACCUAUAUCCAUGCAAAGAGCACCUACACCCACACCAAGGGCUCCUACACCUCUGGCUACGCCACCUACACCCACACCAAGGGCUCCUACACCUCCGGAUAGGGCUCCUACACCACCGCCUGUGACACCCAUACAACAACAAGCGGACAUGGCGCAGCAACUGGCAGAAGAACAAGAAAGGAUGGCUGUACAAUCUACAGAACUAGAAAUCGAGGUUUGGCGAAAAGUCUUCGAUCAAAGCACAAGGAAGCUUAAAACAUAUCUCAAUCCCGAUGAAAUCAUUGACCUGGACACAGGGUUCGAAUUAUUCUCCCGCAUUGACAGACGGGACAUAAAGGAUGAGACAAUUACAACAAAGAAAAACGAAGCUAUUUUGACAAAAGUAAGAUCAAAAGGCGAACUUGCUUACAAAGAUUUCAAAGAACGUCUUAAAAUGACAAAUCAGAGCAAACUUGCAGACCUUUUGACUUAUACAGAGAGGGGAUUAAAUACAGAUGAGAUAGAACAACAACUUGACAAAAUGUUAGAAGAACAAAUAACACGUACGGUAUAUGAUAAACAAAAAAGAGAAGUUAAAGAUGGUCUCUUUGAAUUCUACAAAACAAGACACAGUAAAAUUUUCCUGUCGCCUCUUUUUGAAGAGAAAGACACUCCGUUAGCUUCUUUCUAUAUCAGACCGGAACUGAGCUCAAAAGUCUCAACAUCGAACAGAAAUGAUGAAAAAAUACCAGUUGAAUCAUUAUCGGGGUUGUUCAAAACUAAAAAUAUAGAAAAUCGAGAAAUAUAUGUACUCGCUGAUGCUGGACUCGGGAAAACUGCAUUUUCAAAGUAUCUGGCUAACGUGUGGUGUCAAGCUCAUUGCCCGGAUAAAGACUUAAAUGAACUUUUGUUAAAGGAUGAUGUAGACUGUAUGCAAGAAUUUGAUUUCUUAUUCCUAGUCUUAUUGCGAGAUUCGGACGAUUUGUGCUCUAUAGAUGAGCUCAUAUUUGAAAAGAUUAUUUCAAAUUUGGGUCUUGAAGAAACGCUUUCCAAAGAUAUCCUGCUUAAAAUUUUGAAGAAUGAGAAAUGCAUAAUUAUUCUUGAUGGACUGGAUGAAUGGACUCACCCCGACAAGAAAUGUUACAAAUCGCCCCGAUCGAUCCCGCACAGAAAUUACCGAAAAAAGUGUACAAUACUGACAACCACGCGACCAUGGAAAUUAGGUGUUUUGGAUCUAAAUUCAUGUCAAUUAGGAAAAAGGGUAGAACUAACACAACUAAGUGGAGACUCGGCGGUCACACUUAUAGGAAGGAUAUUACAAAGAUGGAAGUCUCACCCGAAUAAAGAUGCAUUAGAUAGUGACGUCAUACAGUUCAUAGAGGCAAUCAGUCAGAGAGAAAACCACGAACUUGCUUUUGUGCCUCUACUUUUAAUAUAUACAACCUGUUUAUGGUGCGAGGGUGUUCAAAUAGGUGAUUCAAAAUGUGAUCUUUAUAUAAAUAUAGUCGAACUUCUUUUAUCGAGAACGAUUCAGAUCCACGGUGAGCUUCCACAAUCACCGGAACUUUCUUCCAGUGACAUUCCAGAAUGCUUUGCUGAAUAUGACAACUGUACGAAAUACUACUCACUCCUGAUGCAUAUAGGGAAAUUAGCUUAUUAUACAUUAUUCAAUGAAACAAAAGAAAACACGCUAGUAUUUGAUGGAUCAAUUGCAAGAAAAUAUAUCGCGCAAGACGAGAUUAAAUUCACCCUUCACUCAGGAAUGUUGUCAGAAAGUACAUCUAAAACAGCCAGAAAAAAGUUUAGUAAAGUAUCGUUUUCUCACAAAACAGUGCAAGAAUUCUUUGCCGCCAUAUUUAUAAGUUCUCAAAGUGACGCUCAGAAAACUGUUGUAGAAAAAUGUACAAAUGUUCAAGACAUCCUGGACAUGUCAAAAAUUUGUGAAUUUAUAAGUAAAAUGAAUGCUGACCUGGUGUGUGCAAUAUCAAAAGAUUUGAUGUCUGUGAUAAAUGAAGACGAGAAAACACGCGGCUAUAGAACUAGGACAGGUGUCAAGGGCUUCUACAAUACUCCAUUGUAUAACAUACAGAAAAUGUUCAUGUCGUGUUUACAAGAAAUGCCUGAAAGUGAAAAUAUUCAAUUUUGUUUACAAGAUUUCUUCAUUGAAGAGAAAACCGAGGUGCACAGUAAACAGUUACAACGUUUGUUAAAACAAAAUAAAACCAACAUAAAAUCACUUGAAAUAAGCAUCAUGUCUACUUCCAGCAGUUUACGUGAAAUUAUAGAUUUAUUCUCUCUCACAGAUCUCAGUCAUAUACAGAAACUUUUCUAUAUUGGUGACAGGAAGAAGGAGGAGACUAAGAUAAGUCGGAUAUUGUUUCCCAGUUUACAGUACGUUACUUUGUGGAAUGGUACAUGGACAAAUGAUGAAGAAAAUCUGAAUGAAAACAUGGCGCGAUGUCAAAACUUACAAUAUUUAUAUAUAAGAUUCUUCACGUUAUCUCACAAAAUACUGGAAACAAUUUUCAAUUUUAUCUCCGGUCAAAAAUCAAUGAAAGAGUUAACAUUGCACGAGUUAGACUGUAAAGAACAUGGCCGCUACCGCCGCCAUGAUUAUAAGAGAUGGAACUUGGACUUGUCUCAACAUUCAACUCUAUCAAAGUUACACUUGCGGUUGUUACCUGGGAGGCUACAAUUAAAUAUAUCAACACAGUCAUUAGUUAAUGUUACGUUGUGGAGCAUCAAUCUAGAUGAAACUUCAUUGUUACUGUCACGUAACAUGGUGAAUAUUGAACGUGUGGAGUUGUGGUUUAUAGAAAUGUCUGCAAGAAGUUUACAGAACUUUAUUACCGUGCUUGAAAAUCUGCCGCAGUCAGUUACAGUAGUGAUGAACUACAUUAAACCGGAAACAGAAUAUGACCGUGUUAGAGAAAAUAUUCGGAGAUCACAAACUUUUCAUGUGAUACAAGACAGCGGCUGGUGGGGAACAUUUGAGUUCAAAACAAUAAAACCAAGCAAAGAAUAGACAAGAAAAAACAUUGUAUAAUAAACUGAAGAAAUGACUUCAAUAAUUUUAAAUGAUUAAAACAAUUUAAAUAUGGACACUUAGAAACAAAAUGGCGGCUCUACAAACCAUAAUAUAGUCUUUAAUAAGGACAUACAUGUAUGUCCGUUUUCAAUUAUAAAUUAAGUGACAAUUGAUUAUAAAUAAACAGAUUUAAUUAAUAGAAAUAAUUCAAAGAAGUUUUUACGGAAUUUAAUGGAUAUAAAAGUUGGAUUAGGAUAUGGAAAUAUUUCACAGCGGCCUUAGAUCAACAAAGAUCUUUGUGAUGCAGAAUUAGGAUUGUGUAGUUAUAGAUUAUUUCGAACAACAAAAAUAAAAUACCAUGUUCCUUUGUUGACAAGAAAAUCAGCUCGAGUAAAUCAACAGUGACAAUGAUGAUUAUGCUUCUACAAGAGUCCAAUAUGAAGACUUUACACCUGGUUCCUGGCUUUACAGAUACAUAUCUAAAAGAAAAUUGUUUAAAACAGUGCAUCACCAAUUCCUUCUAAAAUCGUUUAGUUCCUGAAUGAAACGAAAACAGACCAGCAAUUUGUAACUUACUUUUGCAUCGUAAAUUGUACCUAAAAUCUCUUCUAGAGGAAUUUACAUCUAAAAAGAAAUUUCUUACAAAGACCGCUGUGAAAUAUUUAAGAGUUCCUUCAGAAAACUUGUUUGUGAAUUACAUAAUUAUAUUCAUUAGAAAACACAAAUGAAACUUGUAAAAAACGCUUAGAAUUAAAGUGGAUUGGUCUAGAGUGGGCACAACUAUUGAUAUGAACAUAUUAGAUGUGUCUUUUGGAUAUUCUUAUGAAAUUUUACUGAAAACAAGAAUGUUGAUAGAGAUCUAAAGAGAUUAAGUAUGAACACAAUGAAUAUACAUGGUGAUUUAUAAUAUUUUGUUCUAACACUUAUUAUAUGCUAUAUAUUAAUACCGUAUGUCAUCUCUGAUAAUGUAUCUAACACAUACCAACAACUCCCAUAUACAAUUAUUUUGUUGAUUGCAUUUUCAUACUAAAUUCUUUGAAUACAAUUAUUUUUGGCACUUAUAGAUCUUACGUUAUAGACAAAUUCACUUUAAAGAUAAUAUCAAUAAUGAUUAAAGCAGCAUGCCUCCAGAUUCAUGCUUAUUUUCAUUAACAUUUUGAAAUGUAUUUAAAACUAUAAUAUUGUUAAGUGAAGAAAGGAAAUAUUCUAUACAUUGCAAAUUUCGCUUAAUUAACAACAACAUAAAUUACCGAAAAGAGGACUAGAUAUGCAAAAAAUACGUUAGUAACGCAGUAGAAAUAUAGUAGUAAAUACUGCAAAAUUCGUCAUUAAUCGCACAUAACAUGAACAUUAUAACUUGUAUCUUGAAUAUUUUUAUUUUCUUAAAAUCUUAGUACAUUUUCUCAAGUUUGAUUUUUCUUGAACCAUUUUUGUUUAUCUUGAGGCAUGUAGCUUUAAAAUUGUUUUCUUUUACUUAUUUAGAUAUACAUAUGAAAGUAUGUUCUGCAAUGUUAGUGUGAAUUAGUUUAGCAUAUUAUUUACAUGAUGAUUAGCUUUGAAGAAAGCAAAUAAUGUUUGAAUUCUGUACAAUAGUUUAAAGGGAGUUACAGGCAAACUUUUCAUUUAGUAUUCUGUAUUUGCCCUCAAAAUGAAUACACUAGGCAGUCACAGGAACAAAUAUUUUCUCAUUAUAAAGCAUCAAAUGAUGGUUUCCUAACCUGACCCACCUGGGAGAGCGUUCAGAUUUCACAUUAAUUGUCAUAAUGAACUUUGGAAACGUUAAAGAACA